GACGGUGCUGAGCAGCAGUGUGGGCUCCCCAUUGAAAACAAAGGCAGCCGGUGCGACAGUCCUUGUGCGUAGGAGCCGCCACCAACACUCACCCCAAACCAGGACCUGCCCCCGUUCCGACCCCCACCCCCAUGCGAUGUGAUCUCAAGGAAGAAGUGAUUGUUAUUUUGUGUUGAUUGAGAUAGGUGAACCAGGUACAAACCAUGAGGAGAGAAGGAGCUGAGCGCUACCUGACCCAGACCUGCCAGACUACGACUGUCUCUUCUACACUGAUAAAUCCUGCAUUUCUAACCACACCGGACUAUACAACGAGACAGAAUUUUCCCUCGACAUGCCCGACAUUAUGCCAUGGAGCUUUGAAUACAGAUGUCCCAACACACACUGCGAAGCUUUACACACAGCCAGCAACUGGUCUAGAUGAAGCAUAUGUGAAGAGAUGCUGUCUAUCGAAGGUUGUUGUGAUAGUGCUUACAAUGUUGGUCACUUCGGGAGGAGUUGCAGCCAUUCUGUGGUACUUUCUCUAUGAGACUCCAAAUAGUAGAGUUUACUUCAGUGGUUCCAUACGUCUGCUAAAUGUCCUCUUCAGUUCUACGUUAACAGACAGCAAAUCCAAUGAGUUCUUACACUUAGCCAAGCAGGUUGAGGAACCAUUGACUGAGAUAUUUGGAAGAUCACAAUUGACACAAAACGUUAUCAGUGUCAACGUUGUCGCCUUUAGUGAAGGAAGUGUGAUAGCUUACUUUAUGGUUGCAUUCAAUGUGGGUAAAACCAGACUUCUAGAACACAGGCAGUCCCUACUUGCAGAUGAUGUGAUUAAGGUAUUGAGGAAAACAACUGACUCUAAUACUGCUGCAGUGUUCCUGGGAAACUUACUUAUAGAUGUCAAUUCCAUUGACAUUUAUGAGACAGAACACAACACAUAUUCUCUGUCAUUGGAAGAAGCAUGUCCUAUGACUGAUAUGAGAAUCCAGUGGAACCAAUCUAUGCCCUGCCGCUGGGAGAUGAGUGGGCCAGCAAACCACUCACUGCAGAUUGUGAUAAAUAAGUAUUUUAUGAAUGGUGAUUGCAGCAUGAAUUACAUUGCACUUUACGACUCACUGGUGCCUGCAAAGAGAAAGCUAAUCACAAGAAUAUGCUCCAGUGGUGAACAUGUGACUUUACAAUCUCUCACUCUAACAUCAUCAGGGAACGUGAUGCUGGCAGUAUUAUUUUCAGAACCCAAACAUGCAUGUCUACUGGAAGCAGUGGUAUUAUACAUCACGAAAACAACCUGUGGUGGAAAUAUAACUGCUUAUAAUGGAUCCCUGAUCUCUCCAAAUUAUCCCUUUCGAUACCCUCCAAACAUUAACUGUAUCUGGAGAAUCACAGUACCGGAGCCAAACCUUCAAUUCCGUAUCCAGUUUCGAACUCUAAAGCUGGAAGGCAUGCAGCCAGAGUGUGAGAAGGACUGGAUUUCAAUAGACGGUGUACGUUACUGUGGAGAGCACUCCAAGACCUUAGUGGUUCCCAGUGCAUCCAACACCCUGACUGUCCAGUUUCACUCCGAUAUGUCUUCCAGUAACCUGGGAUUUCGUGCUGAAUACAACAGUUUCAACCCUGCAGAUGGCAAGUACCUCCAGUACCCAUUGACUAUUCUAACUUCAAGUAAUCCUUGCUCCCUUGAAUGCCAAGGAAUGCAUGUUUGUGGAGAUGGAAGGUGCGAGCUCAUGAGUAACAAAUGUGAUGGUUGGGUUCAUUGUAAAGAUGGAAGUGAUGAGAUAAACUGUGUGUGUACAGCAGACCAGUUUCGAUGCCAGAAUGAUAUGUGUAAACCCUUAAUUUGGGUCUGUGAUGGAGUCGAUGACUGUGAUGAUAUGAGCGAUGAAUCCAAUUGUGAUUGUCCUGUUGGAUUCUUCGCAUGCCACAAAAAUAAUUGUUUGCCUAUUGCUGCCUUAUGUGACGGAAAUAUGGACUGCUUCGAUGGCACUGAUGAGACUAAUUGUGAAAAAACAGAUGUGAAUUGUACUGUCAACACCUACAGAUGUGCUAGCAAUGGAUGUGUUGUCAAACCCAACGCCGAAUGUGAUGGUGUGAAGGAUUGUGUAGAUUUUAGUGAUGAAUCGAAUUGUCAUUGUGGAAACCAACCGUCCAUAAGAAGUCGGAUUGUCAAUGGUAACGACGCAGUGAUUGGAGAAUGGCCUUGGCAAAUCAGCCUCCACUUUGGCACAUUGGGACAUACAUGUGGAGCCACGUUGAUAAAUAAUUGGUGGCUUCUGUCUGCCUCUCACUGCUUCCAAGAUGCGGAGUCAUACAGGUACUCUGACCGACAGUUAUGGAGAGUGUACAUUGGAGCACACUCUCUCGGCUUUACUGACAAUGAUGUGGAAAGGCGACUCAUAAAACGGCUGAUAAUCCAUGAACAAUUUGACAAUGUCACGAUGGAUUAUGACAUUGCAUUGCUUGAACUUUCGUCUUCUGUUAAAUACACCAGUUUCAUCCAGCCCGUGUGUCUUCCUUCACCAUUGCACGUCUUCCCAGCAAACCAGAGGUGUUAUGUCACUGGCUGGGGCUUACUACAAGAAGGCGGUCAUCUCCCUGUAAUCCUUCAAAAAGGUGAAGUUAGAAUCAUUAAUCAAACAACAUGCAAUAACUUUAUGGGAAAUAUACUAACGUCACGAAUGAUGUGUGCAGGGUACCUCACUGGCGAAGUUGAUGCAUGUGAGGGUGACUCUGGAGGGCCACUGGUUUGUGAAGAACCAUCUGGAAAAUGGUUUCAGGCUGGAAUUGUGAGCUGGGGUCAAGGAUGCGGCAGGUACGGACACCCUGGGGUUUAUACACGCAUCACAAAGUUCCGAGAGUGGAUGCACAGGAAUAUCGGCAACUCUUGAAAAUUGUAACUGUGCAAGGAACAAAUACUUUAAUUUAAUUCAGGCAGUUUUCAAUUUCACUUCUAAUGCUCAUAGCACCACAUCAGUAGAACACUGCAAAGUAUUUACUUACAAGACUUACAGUAGUGACACAGCAGUGAUAGAUUUUACGAUUGGAUGAAAUGAAGAUAGCAUGGUCAUUGUGUUCCUCUUAUUGUUUCUGUAAUGGUAGUCAGAUAGAUGAGAGGACAAAGAAUUAACCAGGAUUGCAAUUAGACCAAAACAUUGUCAUGCAUUUGUACUUGACUGCCCCCUUGUACAGCUGAACGUUGUUACAGUCUGCUAGAGAAUGUUUCUGUCAUAAUUCAGCAGUACAAUUUACAACACAUUUCAUAGGGAAUGUUCUGUAACAAUGCACUUAUACUUCAGGAGUCCAGAGUGUUUAAUUGUCAUAGGUACCGGCCACAGAACAAUUAAAUUCUUACUUGGCCCGUAAAUACGAUAACACACAAACA